AUGAGCACCAACGUCAAAAACGCUGUGAACUUUCUCCUUUUUUCCGUCGCCCUCGGCGGUGGUCUUGUCCAUUCCUACGUGGUAUCUCCCAUCGCAUUCAAACACUUGCCGCUUGAGCAUUUCAGCAAUCUUCAGAACAAGGUUUUCCCCCAUUAUUUCCUUGGCCAGGCUCUAAUUCCAGUGGUUUUGAGUUUGACUACUCCUCUUCCACUUCGCGUUGCUGGACCAGUGUUAGCAGCCUCCGGAAUUGCCGGUGCAUUGAACCUCAUGUGGGUUCUUCCAGUUUGCAAGGAUGCAAAGGACAAAAAGAAGAAAUUGGAGGCAGAAAAACUCCACGAGCAGAUUGUUGAUGGUAAGCCGGUUCCUACGGAUGAGUACCGUGCUUUGAGUAAAAGAUUUGGUAUGUACCAUGGGAUUUCGUCCUUGUUGAACUUGGUAUCUUUGCUGUCAUUAGUUGUCUACGGAGUAUACUUAGGCAGAAUCGUCAGAGUUUAA